GUACAGCUGCUUGAAAUGUGGCCGCUCAGGCGAGGCCAGAGAUGCAAACUAUAGGUAUCGGCUCUCACUCGAAGUUGCUGACGCUCACAGGGUGUUCCUGGUGACUGUCUUUGGCAGCUGCCUGGAAGCUUUCUUUGGAGUCACAGCAGAGAGUCUGCAGAGGUACAUUGAGGACUUGAACCCGGAAGCGGGAGAAGCGGCCAGGGAAGCAUCACCCAGUGUGGUCAUUCAGGCCGUUGAAACCUGUUUCAUUGGGAAGAAAUUUAUCUUUGGAGUGAAGGAUUCCGCAAAGCAAGAUGGUGCCGGCCGCUUGCAGAGCAACUCUGAAGUCGGCCAUGGACCGGAAGCUCUCACAGCCUGUCAGAUGUUUGCCCCGAAUCCCGGGCUCGUGGGCUGCACCGUUCUCCGUUACCUCCGUCAGCAGCAAUGCUCUUCUGGUUCCAAAGGCAGCCACGGGGGCGGAUGGUCUCCUGGUGGCCUCUUUGCAGCACUCAGUCAGCCAAGCAGUGAACUUAGCAGCUUGCGUGGCUCUGGGGACGGGGACGUGGUUCCCUCCUCUCAGGCACAGGGUCUUUCAGGCCUCUGGGCCCAGUCGUUUGGACUGACUUCCUCAUCCGUUUCUGGAGGAACGGCUGCGGAUCUUGCCGCUUUAGAUUCGAGGAGAACUGCCCGCGAUGAGCAGAAACGGGACAACAGUCCUGUUUCUCUGCAGCGCCGCAACCAAUCUAUCGACAGCUCCCAGGACGAUAACCAGGCUGUAAAUGAGAGGAACGUACAGGGAGGUGAUAAAUUUUGUUUGUGUCCUACUUGGCAUAACGGCAUCUUUGUAGAAAAGGAGGCACGGAGCCGCUCCGCCGAAAGAGAUGACUACAGAGCAGUGCAGAAUCCAUUACAAACCGGGAAGGAAGACUCUCCUGGCAAAAUUAUCAUCCAGCAUAGUCAUGGUCUGGAAAGACCACACAACCCUUUGCAAGGUGGUCCUUGUUGUCCACUCGUCUCAUGUGCCGGCCAUUCUAGAGAUGGCAGAAGCUCUCAGGGCGAGCCAUGGCUUUGGGACGAACUGCCCUCUUCUGAAAGCCUAAAUGAAUUCAUUGCCAGAAUUGAGAGCGGCAACGCCACGGAGUCGCCAACAGAGACGAGAGCCUGGGAGUACUUCCCAAGCAAAGGGGCUGGUGAAACCCACGGAUGUGUUAACCAGACACCCCCUCAGCUAGCUGCAACAUCCACACCUGGCCAAGCGCAUGAGAAGCUGCAGGAGGUGGCUGAGAAGGUGGAUCUGUCCAAAGAACCUGUUCUCUCUUGUCACCGGUUUAGCCAGCUGUCCCGUAGUGGCAAAGAGUAUCAACCGGAGGCCUCUUUCAGGACUUUGUCUACUCAAGGAAGGGACGAGUGGGAGCGUCUGUCCGACCAUCAUCGGCUCCUCUUACCUUGGCUCUCUCCAGUUGGAAUUCAGCCUUCUGGUUUAAAGGGAAGUUGCCCGUCACCCAAGGAAGGGGUUGACCGAGAUGUCACUGGUCACGAGAAUCACUGUGCCCCUGCCUCUCUAAAGGCUGCCAGGAGCUGCCUCAACAGUCCUGCCCGCUUAGAUCGUAAGCGUGAGGACAAUGCAGCUGGCUGGAGAAAGGAAGAAAGGUCUCACUGUGAGCCAAAACAAGGAGUAUGUGAAAGACUGGACAACGUUUGUGAAGGGCAGCCACUCCCAGAAAUGCACGGAAAUCACUGUAAAGAGGGUGAGAUCAGCAGUUCGCCACGGGACUCUUCCAUCUGUACCCAGGGGAGUUACAACGCCUCAGCCGAUCUCUUUGAUGCUAGCACCGCAGGGGCAGAAGUAGUCACAGGGACAUUAAGCACGGGCCAGGCUGCCUCAGCACAGGGGGGCGCGUUGACCGCAAAGUCCACAGCCUCCGGAUGCCAGCCAAGAAAUGACCCCUGCUUGUAG